GCCAAAGAGCCAAGGUGUGGUCAAGGGGUCGGCACGGCCGAGGGGUUGGCGUGGCCAAAGGAUUGGCAUGGCCAAAGGGCUGAGGCGUGGUCAAGGGCUUGGCACAGCUGAUGGAUUGGCGUGGCCGAGGGGUCAGCGUGGCCGAGGGGUCAGCGUGGCCGAGAGGUUGGCAUGGCCACUGGCCAAGGGUGCUUUAAGGGUCAGCACGGCUGAUGGGUUGGCGUGGCCAAGGGUUUGGCACGGCCAAUGGCUUGGCAUGGCCAAGGGGUCAGCGUGGUCAAGUGGCCAGCAUGGCCAAUGGGUUGGCGUGGCCAAGGCGUGGCCGAGGGGCUGGCAUGGCCAAGGGGUCAGCAUUGCCAAGGGGUCAACGUGGCCAAGGGGUCAGCAUGGCCAAAGGUUUGGCAUUGUCAAGGGGUCAGCGUGGCCAAGGGGUCGGCACAGCCGAUAGGUUGGCAUGGCCGGAGGGUCAGUGUGACCCUGGGAUUGGCAUGGCCGAGGGGUCAGUGUGGCCAAAGGCUUGGCAUGGCCAAUGUGGUGUUGAGACCAAAGGGUCAGUGUGACCCAGGGGUUGGCAGAGCCAGGGGGUGGCCAAGGGGUCAGCAUGGCCGAUGGGUUGGUGUGGCCGAGGGGUCAGUGUGACCCAUGGCCAGGGGUCAGCGUGACCCAGGGGUCAGUGUGACCCAGAGCCAGGGGUCAGUGUGACCCAGGGGUCAGUGUGACCCACGGCCAGGGGUCAGUGUGACCCAGGGGUCAGUGUGACCCAGAGCCAGGGGUCAGUGUGACCCAGGGGUCAGUGUGACCCACGGCCAGGGGUCAGUGUGACCCAGGGGUUAGUGUGACCCAGAGCCAGGGGUCAGUGUGACCCAGGGGUCAGUGUGACCCACGGCCAGGGGUCAGUGUGACCCAGGGGUUAGUGUGACCCAGAGCCAAGGGUCAGUGUGACCCAGGGGUCAGUGUGACCCACGGCCAGGGGUCAGUGUGACCCAGGGGUCAGUGUGACCCACGGCCAGGGGUCAGUGUGACCCAGGGGUCAGUGUGACCCAUGGCCAAGGGUCAGUGUGACCCAGAGCCAGGGGUCAGUGUGACCCAGGGGUCAGUGUGACCCAGGGCUGAGGGUCAGUGUGACCCAGGGGUCAGUGUGACCCAUGGCCAAGGGUCAGUGUGACCCAGGGGUCAGUGUGACCCAGAGCCAGGGGUCAGUGUGACCCAGGGCUGCGGGUCAGUGUGACCCAGGGGUCAGUGUGACCCAGGGCUGAGGGUCAGUGUGACCCAGGGGUCAGUGUGACCCAUGGCCAAGGGUCAGUGUGACCCAGGGGUCAGCGCGGCCGAGGGGCCAGGCCGGGGUCAGGGGUCAGGGGUCAGGGGUCAGUUCCUGCUCUGCCUUCUCCUGGAUGGCUUUUCCAAAGGCAAGGUGGCCCCGGCGCUGGAGGUGGCCGGAGCGUGGCCGGAGCUGGGGACCUCGGGAAUUGCUCCGUCCCCACGGGACGGGGACAGCAGAGCUUUGGGAACGGCCACGGGACCGGACCGAGGCCGGGGGCACCGGGGAGUGACCGGGUGAGUGACCCCGGAGCUGGUGGCACCGCGGGGCACAGGCUGGGGGUGCAGAGGGGCACCGGGGGGACACGGAGGGGACACGGGGGGGACACGGGGGGGCUGUGCUGGCAGCUGGAGGGGCCACCCCGGACGAAGCCAGUUCGCCCGGGGACCCUGAUGGCCUUUUGGAAGUCUCUUGUCCAGCUCUGCCACAUCCCCGUGGCAGCGCAGGGGACAGGGGUGGGCAGGGGACAGGGGACAGGAGUGGGCAGGGGACAGGAGACUGGACCGGACAGGGGACAUGGAUGGACCGGGCUGGGGACAGAAAUGACGAGGGCAGGGGGGACAGGGAUGGACUGGACAGGGGACAGGGAUGGGCAGGGGACAAAUGACAGGGAUGGGUAGGACAGGGGACAGAAAUGACGAGGGCAGGGGACAGAGGACAGCGCCGGGCAGGGCAGGGGACAGGGGUGGACUGGACUGGGACAGGGAGGAGUGGCGCAGGGGACAGGAUUGAGAGGGGCUGGGACAAGGAUGAACGGGAUUGGGGACAAGGAUGAGUGGCACGGGGGGACGGGGAUGAGCGGGAUGGGGACAGGAAUUAAUGGGAUGGGGGACAAGGAUGAGCGGGAUGGGGACAGAAAUAAGAGGGGCUGGGGACAGGGAUGAACGGGACAGGGAUGAGUGGCACAGGGGACAGGGAUGAACGGGACAAAGGGGACAGGGAUGAGUGGCACAUGGAUUAACGGGACAGGGAUAAACGGGACAGGGAUAAACGGGACAGGAGUGAGAGACUCAGGGGACAGGGAUAAAUGAGACAGGGAUAAACGGGACAAAGGGGACAGGGAUGAGCGGCGCAGGGGACAGGGAUAGAUGGGACAGGGAUAAACGGGACAAAGGGGACAGGGAUGAGCGGCACGGGGAUAAACGGGACAGGAAUGAGUGACUCAGGGGACAGGGAUAAAUGGGACAGGGAUAAAUGAGACAGGGAUAAACGGGACAAAGGGAAGAGGAAUGAGUGACACAGGGACAAACGGGACAAGGAUAAAUGAGACAGGAAUGAGUGGCGCAAGGGACAGGGAUAAACGGGACAAAAGAGACGGGAAUGAGUGGCAAAGGGGACAGGGAUAAAUGGGACAGGGAUAAAAGGGACAGGGAUAAACGGGACAGGAAUGAGAGACUCAGGGGACAGGGAUAAAUGGGACAGGGAUAAAUGAGACAGGGAUAAAAGGGACGAAGGGGACAGGGAUAAAUGGGACAGGGAUAAACGGGACAAGGAUAAAUGAGACAGGGGUAAACGGGACGAAGGGGACAGGGAUAAACGGGACAGGGAUAAACGGGACAGGGAUAAACGGGACAAGGAUAAAUGAGACAGGGGUAAACGGGACGAAGGCGACAGGGAUGAGUGGCGCAGGGGACAGGGAUGAAGGGGACAAAGGGGACAGGAAUGAGUGGCACAGGGAUAAACGGGACAGGAAUGAGUGGUGCAGGGGUCAGGGAUAAACGGGACAGGGACAACGGGACAGGGACAAACAGGACAGGGACAAACAGGACAGGCCACAGCAGGACGAGGAGGCUGCGGGGACACACCGGGCGGGCUGGUGGCAGCCCCGGGCGCUCCCGGGACGGGCGGCGCGGCUGGAAGUCGCCUUCUCUGGCGUGGGGCCUGACUGGGACGAGCCGUGGUGUCCCCGCGGGGCGGGUGACACCCAGUGUUCGCCAACACAGGUACGGCUGCAGCUGCUUCAGCGGGAGCUGGGGGUGCCCGGGCGGGCACGGCCGCGGCUCCGCGGGCGCGGAGCGGGCACUGCCAUGUCCCCCUCCUUCCCGAAAGGAGGAGGAGGAGGAGGAGCGGGGAGAGGAAGGCUCCUCCGAAAUGGCGAGAAGGCGUCCAGCUCUCCCGGUCCCAGAGCGAGCUUGGCGCGGAGCGGUUGGGCUCCGCGGGGUUUUUUUUUCCGCCUCUGGCGGCGAGAGGCGGCCGCGGGCGGGUCUCCCUCUCAUCGGGGGGUGCCCCAAAAAACAGCUGCGGAAAGGGGCGGAGACCCGGGGACACCCGGCGGGGAUGGCGCCGGGCUGCCCGCGCUCAGGCCGCCACUGUCACCUUCCGCCGCGCGCCCGGGUGGCCUCGGCGGAGCGGCCGCGCCCCGGAGGGGACGCGGGGGUGGCUCCGCCAGGGGGGCACCGGGGCAGCGGUGCCACCGAGGGGACACCGAGGGCGCCGGGGGCUGCCGGGGGUGGGGGAGGUGGGGAGGGAGGGACGGGGGGACAGCGGGGUGGGGACAGGGCAGGGACAGGGCAGGGUGGGCAGAGCCAGGCAGGGAUGGUCACGGUGGCCAGGCAAGCUGGGCAGUGCCAGGCAGGGUGGGCAGUGCCAGGCAGAGCGGUCAGGAUGAGUGGUCAGUGUGGCCAGGCAGGCUGGGCCGUGCCAGGCAGGGCUGGUCAGUGCCAGGCAAGGGUGGUCAGGCAGAGUGGCCAGUGCCAGGCAGAGAUGGUCAGGGUGGUCAAGCAGAGUGGUCAGUGUGCCCAGGCAGGGUGGGCAGGAUGGUCAAUGCCAGGCUGGGCAGUACCAGGCAGGGUGGUCAGUGCCAGGCAGGGUGGUCAGUGUGGUCAGUGCCAGGCAGGGUGGUCAGUGUGGUCAGUGCCAGGCAGGGUGGUCAGUGUGGUCAGGCAGGCUGGUCAGUGCCAGGCAGGGUGGUCAGUGUGGUCAGUGCCAGGCUGGGCAGUGCCAGGACAGGCCGUGCCGAGGGGCAGCACCGAGCGGACGAGGGUGGCACAGCCGGGACCAGCGGUGGCCGUGCAGGGCUCUGAGUGUCCCCGAGGCAGGGACAGCCUGGCAGCCACGCAGGUGGGUCACAGCAGCCUCGGGAAGCGACAGCCAAAGGAAUUCCAGGGAAUUCCGCAGCUCGGGAAGGACGCGCUGUGCCCGCCAUGCGACAUUCCCGCGUGCGACAUUCCCGCGUGCGACAUUCCCGCGUGCGACAUUCCCGCAUGCGACAUUCCCGCCGGGAUGCAGAGGGGCCGGGAGCUCCCCGGGAUCCCGGGAUGGGAUGAAUUUGGGGGCACAAUUGGGAUGGAUUUGGGGUGCUGGUAG